UUCCAGUUUGCCACGUAACAAGCAGUAGCUUCAGUGCGUUGUCACUGGGAGCCGGGGUCGGGUCCACAGUUACUACCUGUGGGGUGGCGCGACAUGGGGGGCUCGCAAAGUGUGGAGAUCCCUGGUGGAGGCACGGAGGGCUAUCACGUACUGCGGGUACAAGAAAACUCCCCAGGACAUAGAGCUGGAUUGGAGCCAUUUUUUGAUUUUAUUGUUUCUAUUAAUGAUAUAAGAUUGAAUAAGGACAAUGACACCCUUAAGGACCUUCUUAAGACCAACGUUGAGAAGCCUGUGAAAAUGGUGGUGUAUAGCAGCAAGACACUGGAACUGAGGGAGACAUCUGUAACUCCAAGCAAUAUGUGGGGAGGGCAAGGCUUGCUGGGAGUCAGUAUACGGUUCUGUAGCUUUGAUGGUGCAAAUGAGAAUGUAUGGCAUGUAUUGGAAGUGGAACAGAACUCUCCAGCAGUAUUGGCAGGUCUGAGAUCCAACAGUGACUACAUCAUUGGAGCAGAUACUGUAAUGAAUGAGUCAGAGGAUCUCUUUUCACUUAUUGAAACCCAUGAGGGGAAGCCGCUAAAACUGUAUGUGUACAACACAGAUACAGACAAUUGUAGAGAGGUUGUUAUUACACCAAACUCUGCUUGGGGAGGAGAAGGCAGCUUAGGUUGUGGUAUUGGUUAUGGGUACCUACAUCGGAUCCCAACUCGUCCAUUUGAAGAGGGAAAGAAGAUUUCUCUGCCUGGACAGGUUCCAGGUGCUCCACUAAGUCCCCUAAAAGAUGGUUUUACAGAGGUCCAACUGUCCUCUGUAAACUCUCCUCCUACAUUACCCCUUGGAAGCACAGGAAUUGAAGCAAGCCUGUCUGGUCUUACGCUUGGAUCCAAUUCACCGGCAGUCAGUAGUGUUAUUAAUUCAGGCAUUCCAACAGUUCCUGUAUUAAGUCCCCAAAUUAAUCCUUCCCUAACGUCUGUUCCUCUGAACCCAGUAGUUUCAAUUCCAGGUCUAAUGCCAUUAUCCACUGGAAUCCCUAAUUUACCCAAUCUACCUAAUCUUCCAAAUCUUAACAUGCCUGCUCCAAACUUUAUUCCAAGGCCUGGAUUACCAGAUUUUACACAUACUGGCUUGCCACCCAUUGGUCCACUGCCCCCUUUGAAUCUUGCAGGGUUGCCACCACUCUCUGUACCACCUCAGUUUCCCACAUUUCCCUUGGCACCUCUAGCGAGUGACCUGGUUCCUUCAACGUUGGACCACGCUCCCACAACUGCAACAGAAAAUGUAACCACAAAUAAUGAAGACCUAGGUCACGCGGCACUUCCUACAACAGAUAAGGCUCUUGUUGGCAACACAGAACCCUGUGUGAGUGAAUCGUCAUAACAUGGAAACUUUCCUAUGGGUUUGGUCGGCUUGAUGUAUUUAUUUAGCCACUGAAUGAGUUUCAAGAUGCAAACAACUGUCAAUUUCAUACUAGUUUGUACUUAUAUUUAGAAGACCUGUAAAUAAAAAAAAAUAACUAGUUAUGGAAAUGAGGUAACUGAAGGUGGAAAAACUACAACUUUGGAAAUGCCAAACUCUUAAGUGGUUGUAAAUUAUUUUAGUGUAAGAUAAUUUCCAGCUGAAGAUGUCUUUACAGAAGUUUCAGACUGUGCACUAUCUGUAUACGUUUAUUCACCACAUUUUGAACUUUAAACUGCUCCAUAGUUGGAGGAACCAGUAAAGAAUUAAAGUGUUCAGGCCCCUCAUACUUUAUAGAGGUCAGUAACAUUUUGUAACUACUGCUGUAUUGCUUGUGAAAUAUAUUGUAUAAUGGCAUUAAGAAAGUGAAAUGGAAUGUUAGUUUUAAAUCUUAUAUGAAAAAUGUAAAUCGAUCUGGGAUGUAUACAUACAGCAAUAAAUUACUGGAAUUUUA